AUGCAGCCCAGCCAGGACAUGCGCCGCCAGCUUCCAGGCCGCAGAGUGCCGUCCAAUCGGGGUGACGCGCCCGACCCCGCACCUCACAACCACAGCUGCAUCCCGCUGACGGCAUUCCCCCCUCCUCCGCCGCCGCGGUCCUGGCAGGGCCUGGCAAAGACAGGCAGCGGCAAGACGGCCGCGUUUGUGCUGCCGAUGCUGGUGCACAUCCUGGACCAGCCCGAGGUGGCCAAGGGGGAAGGGCCCAUCGGGCUGGUGCUUGCGCCGACGCGCGAGCUGGCGGAGCAGAUCCACAAGGAGGCGCGGAGGUUCGCAAAGCCGCACGGACUGCGCAUUUGCGCGGCGUUUGGCGGCCUGUCGAAGUUUGACCAGGUCAAAGAGCUCAAGGCCGGCACCGAGGCUGCCGUGGCCACCCCGGGGCGCAUGAUAGAUCUGAUCAAGAUGCGGGCCUGCACCCUGGGCCGCGUCACGUACGUGGUGCUGGACGAGGCCGACAGGAUGUUCGACAUGGGCUUUGAGCCGCAGGUGCGCACGCUGAUGGGCCAGGUCCGUCCUGACCGCCAGGUGCUGCUGUUCAGCGCCACGAUGCCUAGAAAGGUGGAGCGCCUGGUGUCUGACGUGCUGUCCAACCCGGUGCGCAUCAGCGUGGGCCAGGCCGGGGCCGCGAACGAGGACGUGGCGCAGCACGUGGAGGUGCUGGAGGGUGGGGAGGGCGCCAAGAGGGCCUGGCUCAUGGGGCGCCUGCAGGGCUUCAUUGACGACGGCGAUGUGCUGGUGUUUGCGGGGCAGCGCGCCAAGGUGGAGGACCUGGUGGGGGUAUUGGUGGGGGCGGGCUACAAGGCGGCCGCGAUCCACGGCGACAUGGACCAGUUUGCGCGCAUGGCGGUGCUGGACGCGUACCGCGCCGGGGCGCACCACGUGCUGGUGGCCACUGAUGUGGCGGCGCGCGGCCUCGACAUCCGCAGCAUACGCACCGUAGUCAACUACGACGCACCCAAGGACAUCGAGACGCACAUACACAGGGUCGGUCGCACGGGCCGCGCGGGCGACAAGGACGGCGCGGCCUGGACGCUGCUUGAGGCCGGGAAAAACGCCCAAUUUGCGGGGCAGCUGGUGCAGAGCCUGGCGCUGGCGGGGCAGGAGGUGCCCAAGGCGCUGCACGCGCUCGCCAUGAAGUGCCGGGCGAGCGACGACGAGAUGAGAUAA